AUGAACAUGAUCCGUAAGUGGGGGAAGAAGGCCUCCUACCCCAGCUUGUUGGAUCCUGAACAAAGUGAGGGUGCGCACGAGAAGGUGCUGUGCUUGAAGAAGGGAGCACUGCUAAAGCAGGUGUUUGCACUCAGCAGAGCGGCAACACCCAGAGAAAGCUGUCUGUGUGCUGCAGGUGAUGCGCUCCUGAGUUGCCACAGACACUACAGAUCUCGUCCUACGCAUGGUAUCGGGAGGUUUAAAUACCUGCUCCCAAAGGAGACUCCAAAAAGGAAAAAGGAUAAAGUACAGAUGAAAGAGAUAAAUGUUGGAACCGAAUAUGAGUAUGGAGAUAUCAACAUCCAGAUGACUUCCUAUGAUUUGUGUCUCGUGGAGCAUUUUGCUCAGUACGUGCACAGACUUUGCAACCGUCUCUCCAUCAGAGUGAACGAAAGCUACGCCAUGCCCACCAAAACCAACGAAGUGCUGUUCUUGGAAGAGCGAGGUUCCAAAAUGCAGCUGGAUGCGGUCCUUACUACCCACCAGAGGGUUGUGCAGAUCACCGGUUUGAGUUCAACGUUUGCUCCGAUACUCUUGGAAGUUAUUCAGAGUAGUCAGCCUGAAGGGGUCCAUCUGUUAGUGAAAGAGCACACAGAAGCUGACUUCAAGAGCCGAUUAAAGUCUCGACCAGAACUUGAAGAGCUGCUAGCGCAGAUGAACUGA